UGGGGGCCAAGAAGGCAAAGAAAGAGCCUGAUCUUAGCACUCUCUGCUCACAUACCCGCUGGCGGGUCAAGGAAAGACACAUACACCAUCUACACACAGUUCUGUGGGUUUGCGCUGUGAUGGAAUCGAGUACAGGGAGUGGUUCAUGUGAGAAUGGCACUGGCGUGCUGGCACAGUUUGAACGAGCUCUGCGCCUUGUUGUACGUGAGAUCCACGUCGACGUCGCUACUUUCAAACGAAACGUAGAGCAGCGCCUGGAGGAGGCUUGUAAAGGUGCCAAACCCCUAGAGAACAUGGUUUCAAGGCUCCAGGAGGAAAACCAGCAGCUGAAGGAGAAGCUAGAGGCUCUUUCCCAAAUGGUAGACACACUACCUUGGAUAGUGAGCCAGUCAAGUUACCAUCCAAAUCCUGAUCUCCAAGUUCAAGCUCAGAUCCAAGCUGAGAGAUGUAGCCCAGGAACAGCAUCUUCCAUGGAGGAAGAAGAAACCUGUGAUCCAGCUGGAGUAUACUUACUCGGUGGAUCUGUGUGUGUGGACUCAGAGUCUACUUCCUCCAGGAGCUCCCCUUCUGCAUCCGUGGUCAGCACCAUUAACAUAGAUGCAAGUUAUGAGUCUAAUGUGUUAAGCAAAGAGGAAAAGGAGGUAGAAGAAGAAGAAGAAGAAGAAGAAGAAGAAGAAGAAGAAGAAGAAGUAGAAAAAGAAGAAGGUAAAGACCCCUUAACUUCAGCUGGACUGGAGAAUAAACCUGAAAAAGAACAAGAAGAAGUAGCAUCGCUGGUCAGUAAACAACAUGCACUCUCUGACUCUCUGACCAUCACAUCUUCUCAAAUACAUCCAAACACAGACCCUAGACCUGAAAGUCCUUUAGGAAGUGAAUACUCUGGAGUCUCUGGAUAUUCUGGAUACUCUGUAUCACAGGAUGUGAUGUCAUCAUUAUCCAGUCAGCAUGUGACAUCUGUGGCCAUGACUACAAGACAGCGUCCACUGACAGCUACGAGCAGAGCAAGAGAUCUGGUAGUUCAGAAGUCCAAGACUACAGAGACCCAGGAAAUGAAGUCAUCAAACAAUAGCCAAACCAUGUCCAUGGUUUUAAUGGAAACAACCCAGAAAUCUGGAGUUGCUGAAGGUUUUUCAUUAAGCCCUACGUCUCCAAGGCCUUGGAGGAUACAACGUAGCCCACCCUCCAUUCUUACCAAACUCAUACCACCACCGCCUCAAUUUAGCCAUUCAGCUAUUGAACUCUCCACACCAGAGCCAAACACAGAAUCCCAGCAUGAAUCUGAGGAGGGUCAGGAAGUUAUGACACCAGACAUCCAUAACUCUACAACUCAUCAGUUUCAUCAGUUGCCCCCUGAAAAAGUCUCACCAAAGACAGCUGCAGAAAUGUCUUCCUUUCAGAAUGAUAUUACUUUGGAGACACAGGAAUUGUCGUCGAUGCUCAGCAAUCUGGAAGCCACAGGAAAACCAAAUCUAAUGGCCAAUGCAGACACCAACCUAACGACUCCCAAAACCAUGCAAUUAACCAAUCAAAAUGCUGAUCUGCCUUUCAGCAAAUCAGCUUCAGAUACAGCUACAUCUGCAAAGAACCUUCAUGUGGCUCCUUUGGCUAUAUCAAAUAAUAUCAGUGCCACAAGGAAACCCUCAGGGUCUACUUUUAGAACUGAACGCUUACUGUCAUCACAAGUUCUCCGGUCAACGAUCAAUGUUCAAUCAAGCUUGGGAUCCAUGACAGAACCCCAGCAACCAGUCAGCAUUAUGAACAUACCUCUAAGCCCUAAAUCUCUCAGAUCAACCAACCAAAUUCCUGCUCCAUUUAAACUACCAUGUACACCCGAGGCAACUGAAUCGCCAUUUAAAGCUUUGACAGUUGGCAAAUCUUCAGAAUCCAGUGCAUCUCUAUACAACCACCAUGCAGCCCCAUUUUCAGUGGCAUCUCCAAUAUCUGCUUGUUCUACAGGACAUUUACAGCCCUCCCUCAGAGAUGAUCAUUCUCCAGCAACCAGUUCAAUUCAACAUGCAGAUCCACUUAGUACACCAACAACAAACCAACCUACGAGUGGUUCAACUGUUCCUGUGAGCCCCAAACCUCUGAGGUCAUCCAACCAAAGACCUACACCAUUCAAGUCUCCAUCUACACCAAUUCCGGCAAUCAGAUCACACCACAGAAUUGUCCACACGGAAAAAAUGUCAUCAACCAGCAGUCUUUACGAGAAACAAGCAAUUGUGAUUGAAUCUCAGGAACCUGUCCAAUCUGGAACAUCAAAUUUAAAUGUUCACAUGAGCCCCAAAUCUAAGGUUAAACCAAACAGGUUUAACCUAGAUGAGUGUUCUUCCACCAAACGGAACCCCACACCAUCUCCGACUACAAUGAAGAAACCGGUCUUAGCCGUACCAUCACCAGUGUCUGAUUACUUCUCUUGCCCAGACAAAAUAGAUUCACCUGACAGUAAUGGAGAUCAAGAGUCUUCCAGCAAAGUGACUCCUCACUCUCCUGUCCCCUCAUUCACACAAAAAAGCCCACAGCCUUGCAAAAGACUGACAAACCACAACCUUGCACAAAAUCACGAUAGCAGUCUUAUCAGUUCUCAGUCUGUUGUUCAUCUAAACUCUGCUGAGACAUCUAGUAUAACCUCAGAGAUCAACCAAACCCAAUAUCCAGUUCAGUUCCAACAGGAAAUGAGGUCAACAGGGGACAGUUUUUCCCAUCCUCAGCUGUCCAUUGGUUCUCUAAGCAGACGUGCAGAUUCGCCAUCUGGAAGUGAGUACUCUGGCUACUCAUCAGUGUAUUCAUCCGUGUCUCAGGAAGUGAGGUCUUCAGUAAACAGUCAGCAUGUGACUUCUGCCCAGCCUAUUGCAAACUCUAUAACUUGCAUGAGCCCUAGACGUCAAAGAAAACCAGCCAAUAACAACACAGAGAAGUUGUUUACGUCAUCACAGAUAGAGGCCUCCACAGAAUCACGAGAAGGGAAAUCACGUAGUCUGUCCCGUGUCUUCUCACAGCCUCAGCUCUCCAUAAGUUCUCUAGCUAGACGAGCAGAAUCACCUACUGAUAGUGAGUAUUCUGGAUACUCCUCAGUUUAUUCCUCAGUGUCACAGGAAGUGCGAUCAGUUGUAGAUACAUCCACAACCUCUGCAACGCCCCAAGCACCUGUCACUUCUAUGAUUCGUAUGAGCCCUAAGCCUGUCAGGAGAUCAGCCAAUCCCAGCUCUUCUCUCCCUAACCCUUCCCCUCCACUAAAGUCAAAAGUAUUUGGCCAAUCAACAUUGAGUAAUAAAUCAUAUCCCCCAAUGACUGAGCUUUCUACUACGUCUGGGAUGUCCCAGGAUGUGAAGUCGUCUCUCAGCAGUCAAUAUCCAGCCAUCUCAUCACCACAGCUGUCUGGUACACGCAAUAACCAAAUCCCACGAAGCCCCAAGUCCAUCAGCAGGUCUAGCAACAUUUCACAGCUUAACACUACACCACAUUUUAACCCAUCGUUUUUCAGCCAAUCAGCAUCUGACUCAACAGUUUCGAAACCAUCAACCAUCAUGGACCCUCCCAUCAAACCUGUGUCAGCAGUCAAGCCGUGGACCUCGAGCCAGAAGAUAACUACAAGUUCUCCUGGUUAUCCAGACAAGACUUCCAGCACGUUUUCUAAGCCAGCUCAUUUCUCUGAUUCCAAACCAGUCAAUGACAACUUCAUAAAGAAAUCUGACAGUGUAAAUGGUAAAGAGAGUUUGGCAGAAUCACAAACACUGCUGAGAAACUUCCAGAGCAAGCAGGCCUUGUUUCAGGGGAUGAAUUCUGAACCUAGCAGUGAUAAGAGCGUGGAGUUGAGACCUAAACUGAGACGAUCUCAGAGCUUCAGUACGUCCAGCGCCAGCGGCAUUAAACAGCUCCUGCUGGAGUGGUGCCGCUCCAAAACCAUCGGCUACCAGCACAUAGAUAUCCAUAACUUCUCCUCCAGCUGGUCUGAUGGAAUGGCCUUCUGUGCUUUGGUGCACUCCUUCUUCCCUAAUGAGUUUGACUACAAUGAGCUGAAUCCUGCACACCAUAAACAUAACCUCGAUUUAGCCUUCUCCACCGCUGAGGAGAAGGCAGACUGCAUUCGGCUGAUCGAGGUGGACGACAUGAUGGCGAUGGGGUCCAACCCUGACCCCAUGUGUGUGUUUACAUAUGUGCAGUCCCUUUAUAACCACCUCAGGAGAUUUGAGUGAUCGCUUCCUACACGAGGCAUCAUUUCUCUCCGUUCUCAUUAGGGUUACAGGCUUGUGUUUGUAUUUCUUAUUUGUUACUUCUGCCAUUUUGGAAAUAUUUUUGCUCAGUUAGGUACCAAGCAGGUUUGGUAAGGAGUACAAAAUAUGUCAGGGCAGAUCAUAUAACACAGAGUAUAACAGAACAUCACAGUGUGUUUUAUUCUUCUGAUAUCACAGCAGUCUGCUAAUAAUUACAAUUUAAAAUUUUUAUAAAGAACGACACAUCAUACUUUUUAACUGUUUAUUGUUAGAUUUAAUGUUUUUGAAAGUCCACGUAAGAAGUUCCUGUUAUCACUUACAGAUCCUCCUGAAAGUAUUGGAACAGCUAGGCCAAUUCUAUUAUUUUUGCUAUAUUUUGAAGACAUUUGGGUUUGAGAUAAAAAGAAGAAUAUGAGAUGAUAGAUCAGAAUUUCAGCUUUCAUUUCCUCAUAUUUACAUCUUAACCCACGGCACCUUUGGUGGCAGACCACCCAUUUUUAGGUGAGCAAAAGUAAAAACAGUCUUAAAGUAAAUUACAACCUGUGAUUACGCACAACCUGAUCCAUAUGUGGUUGUUAGCACACCAGUGGUUUCUUUCUUUUUCAGGACAUUCCAAAUUGUUGUAUUGGUUAUGCCCAAUGCUUGUGAAAUAGCUCUGAUUGAUUUUCCCUUUUUUCUCAGCUGCAAAAUGGCUUGCUUUUCGCUCAUAGACAGCUCUCUUGUCUUCAUGUUGGUUUAUCCUAUUUAACAACAAAUGCAGUCUUCACAGGUGAAACCUACGGCUCAAACCAAGAGCAGACAUUCAGAGCUAUUAAUUCUUUCAACAAUCAAUUUAACAGGGCACACCUAGGCAGCAAGAAACACCAGUCACAUGUUCCAAUAUUUUUUGACCACUUGAAAUAAUGUGUGGGUUCAAACAAAAGGUGCCAUGUUCCAAGUUCUUUAACACAUGUAGAUGUAAAUACGAGGAAAUGAAAGCUCAUGUUCUGAUCUGUCGUCUCAUGUUCAUCUUUUGAUCUCAAACCCAAAUGUCUUCAAUGUAUAACAAAAACAAUAGAAUUGGCCCUGCUGUUCUAAUACUUUUGAAGGGAGCUGUAUGUUUUAGCAGUUAUAAAUAGUUAUUCCCUCACCAGCCUUGCUUUUCUCUCUCUCGAAGACGAAAAAAAAAAAAAAAAACUACAUAAAGCAUAAAUUCCCCUGUGUGGAAAACUUACUUACAUUGUAGACUCCUUUCAUUAAUGUUAAUGAAAGGUCUCUUUAUGGAAAUAUUCACCAUAUUUAAAUAAUUAUACAUUUUUAUUUCUUAACAUACAUAGUUAAAGAAUAAUUAAUUUAUAUUAUUAGCAUUCGAUUAUGUAGAUUGUCCUCCAUACAAGUCCCUAUGUAAGUUGUUACUAUAGAAACGGUAACAUAUUAGAACAAGAGCGUUAAUAAUAACCUGUGAUUAGAAUUGUUGUUAUAGAAAACUAAUCAACACCUUUUGACCUUAUUCAAGAAUUCAACAACACUGUGGUAUAAAAGUAAACAGUCAUGUAUUCUAUGUAUACUUGUCUUUGUAAUAGCAAGUAAAUGUUACAUCAUUAGAGAUGAUAUUGAAUGUAUAUCUUAGGAAGAUACGUCUUGAAUGAUAUGUCCUCUUGUAUGAUGCCAGCAUGGAACAGCAUAGUGUGGCUUAGAUGAUAUUAUAGAGCUGGACUGAUGACAUAAUGCGUUAUAAAUCUUUGCCAAAUUAUUAAGUCUUAUCUGCUUUAUAACGUACUUUUUUUCCCACAUUAUAUGUGCUGUUCUGUAUAUUUGGACAAAGCAGCUUUAUAAAUGAGAUAAACACACAACUCGUGUGUCGUAACGUUGCAUUUGAUGUCACUUGAUUACAAUAGCACUGAUAGUGCUGAGCUUUGAACCAUCUUCGUGCCACCUAUGCUGUUUUAUGUUAACACUUUGACACUGGACAGAAUUGUGAGAAUGUGAUAAAGAGGGAGCCCCUGACAUGAAAAAAGGAAAGUGUGUGUGUGUGUGUGUAUUCGAGGGAGAGGUUCAUCACAUUGUGAGGAAGAGGGAAAUUAUCAGUGGCUACAGGGGUUUUUGAAGAAAGCCGUUCUGUGUGGAAAGACGUGUGUUAAGUGUUGCACCUGAAGACGUUGCAGCGAUUUCCUUUCGUCUUUGUUCUGAGGAGAAGACUGAGACUGAGGCAAGUCCAUUAGAUGACUGCUGUGAAUAAUAGGUUUGGUAGUAGAGAUGAGACAGAGGGGUUAGACUAGAUGUCUUAACUAUAACCAUAUAGGAUAUGGUGAAAAUAAAACACAUUUUAAAAAGUGGUAACUAUGUGUUUUAUGUCUUAGUAAGCAGUGUUCUGGGUAAAUCCUGGAAAUGUUGCUAUAAUCCAUUUUCAGAAAAACACAAGGAUGUUUAUUGUCUCACAACAGUGGAAACUUUAACUGCCUGAAUUAAACUUUUCAACAACAAUGUACAUGGUAACAUGUAUGUUAAAAAUAAACUUAUUGUUCAUGA